CCUCAUCCCGCCAGUUCAAUAAAAUGAACCUCACUACCCCUCUGCCGAGUCGCUUGUGCCCGCUGCUCCAUACAGAUCCAUCAUGGCUUCAGAUCUAGAGACCAUCCGUAUUGGCUAUGUGCCCGAACAUUACCUCACCCCGCUUCAUCUGGCCGUCCGUUCAGCGGGCCAGGCUACUCUCCCUUUCAAGAUCUCUCUGAUCCCGUUCCCCUCUGGAACGGGGCACAUGAUCACUUCCCUCCGGGAGAAGGAAAUUGAUGUUGCGAUCGGAUUGACUGAGGGAUGGGUGGCCGGUCUGGCUGGUAAACAGCAGGCCCAGAAGGAUCCCGCCGAGGGUGGCUACCGGGUGAUCGGACACUGGGUCGACACGCCGUUGCGCUGGGCCAUUGUGACGGGUCGGGAGAGAGAGGACAUCCACGCGGUGGAUGACUUGAAGGACAAGCGGGUUGGAGUUAGUCGCUUGGGAAGUGGCUCCCAUAUCAUGUCCUUCGUCCUGGCUCAGCAGCAAGGCUGGAAGUCCGACUCUCUGUCCACCGUACCUUUGGGUCCUUUCGGAGCUCUCCGCAACGGAGUGACCGGACAGGAUGCCGUACAUCCGGAUCAAGCACCCAACCCUACUGCUGAAUUCUUCAUGUGGGAGCACUUCACCACGAAGCCGUACUUCCACGCCACGGAAGGCAAGCCCAAUCCGCCUCUGAAGAAGAUCGGUGAGAUCUAUACCCCUUGGCCGUCCUGGAUGGUCGUGGCGUCGACUUCAUCUUUCUCGAAUCUGGAGCUGGACGGCAAGCUGCAGCAAUUGCUCAAGCUCCUGGAUCAGGGUAUCAAGGACUUUGAGGCCGAUCUGGCUCAGGUCGUGACCCUCCUGGGUACCGGAGAGCUGGGCUGUAACUACGGGGAGGAAGAUGCCAAGGAAUGGUUGAAGGAUGUCAAGUUCACGGCCACGACCCGGGGUGUGCAACGGAAGGUCAUUGAGGGCGUGGUGGAUGUCCUCAAGGUGGCAGGUGUCAUUGACACCAGCUUGACCAAUGAUGAGGCCGUUGCGAGAGUCGUUGGUAUUCAUCAAUGAGGGCUGCAACAGACAGGCCCUUUCCAUAGAUGGGAGAAAUCCAAGGGUUCGUGUUUUAUGCAACAUAGCCGGGAAAUCUUGGUACCCUUUUGGUCUAUUAUGAAAUUUGGAGUCUCUGAUUACUUCAGGGCCCGCAGAAGAGAUGAAUCUGAAUAGUUCGGUGGGCAUUCCUAACCGGACAUGAUAUUUUGCUCA